UGUUGUUUUGAUUCGUUCGCGCUGCUUCGACAUUCCACAUCGCAAAAUGUUGGCCAAAAAGCAGAAAAUGGAAGAUCAAACCGAGCAGAUGCUAACCACGCCGCACACACUGCAAGCACGCCUCAUAUCCGACACAGGCGAGGAAGCGGGUCCACCCAUAGAUCUGCCGUCGGGCAUCACAACACAGCAACUGGGGCUCAUCUGCAAUGCAUUGCUCAAGAAUGAGGAGGCGACGCCUUAUCUGUUCUUCGUUGGCGAGGAUGAGAUCAAGAAGUCACUGGAGGAGACAAUAGACCUAAGCACAGUGGACACGGAAAAUGUGAUCGAUAUAGUCUAUCAGCCACAGGCAGUUUUCAAGGUUCGGCCUGUGACGCGUUGCACCAGCUCUAUGCCAGGCCAUGCAGAGGCGAUUGUGUCACUGCACUUUAGCCCCAAUGGAGCCCACUUGGCCAGUGGCAGUGGCGACACUACAGUGCGCCUAUGGGAUCUCAAUACAGAGACACCGCACUACACUUGCAGUGGACACAAGCAGUGGGUGCUGUGCGUCGCCUGGGCGCCGGAUGGCAAGCGUCUGGCGAGCGCCUGUAAGGCAGGAAAAAUUAUUAUUUGGGAUCCAGAGACAGGUCACCAGGUGGGCCGCACACUCAGCGGACACAAGAAGCACAUCAAUUGCCUCAGCUGGGAGCCCUAUCAUAAGAAUCCAGAAUGCCGCAAGCUUGCCUCGGCAAGUAGCGACGGUGACUGCCGCAUCUGGGAUACCAAGCUGGGACAGUGUCUGCUCAACAUUGCGGGGCACACGAACGCAGUGACAGCUGUGCGCUGGGGUGGAGCUGGCUUAAUCUAUACCUCAUCCAAGGAUCGCACCAUCAAGAUGUGGCGUGCCGAUGAUGGCGUGCUCUGCCGCACCUUCACUGGCCAUGCGCAUUGGGUAAACAACAUUGCGCUGAGCACAGACUACGUUCUACGCACUGGACCCUUUCAGCCGGUCAAGGAUCGCCAAAUGGCACAGAUCAAGCAGGAUGCUGAGGAGCUACGCGCAGCCGCUUUAAAACGCUACCAAGCCGUUUGCCCGGAUGAUGUUGAGUCGCUAGUCUCCUGCUCCGACGACAACACCUUAUACUUGUGGCGCAACAAUCAGAACAAGUGCGUGGAACGCAUGACUGGCCACCAGAAUGUGGUGAACGAUGUCAAGUAUUCACCGGAUGUCAAACUGAUCGCCUCCGCAUCCUUCGACAAAUCCGUGCGUCUAUGGCGCGCCCACGAUGGCCAGUUUAUAGCCACAUUCCGUGGCCAUGUGCAGGCUGUGUACACGCUGGCCUGGUCGGCGGAUUCGCGUCUGAUUGUGUCCGGCAGCAAGGACUCUACGCUGAAGGUUUGGAGCGUGCAGAGCAAGAAGCUGGCACAGGAGCUGCCCGGCCAUGCGGACGAAGUUUUCGGCGUGGACUGGGCACCCGAUGGCUCGCGUGUCGCCUCCGGCGGCAAGGACAAGGUGAUCAAGCUAUGGGCCCAUUGACGCACUUUGCCAUGGAGCAUCGAUAUAAUCUUAUACAUGUAUUUAAACAAUAAAGUUAGAACCCCGAGUUC